GCCUAGACUUCCAUUUUGUUAAAUAUGAAAGUAAAUUCUAAUAUGGGCCAACGAACGAAGCUAACAUGGAUUUCGGCGAUUAUUCGCUGCAUCAUGGCGACCCUUGUAGUUGAAUGCUACAAUGUCGACAACGUAACGGUGAAACGAAUAACAAGGCCCAAAGGUUCAAUGUUAGGAUACAAUAAGAUGCUGCUAUCACGAGAAGACGCAUUUCAUUUUGGAUAUGACUUUGCUUUUGAUGUUCACGCAUCUGAUAAUGAGACAAGGUUAAUAGUUGGAUCCUCAGACGUUCCUGUUUCUAAGCUUCACAAAUCCGCUGUAAAAGAAAACCCUGGUCAAAAUCAACAAAAUUCAGGUCAACUGUUCUCAUGUUCUAUCGAAACCGCAAAUUUUUUCAACAACAAAUCAUGUGACACCUUAUCCGACCCCACUCGUUCACAUCGAUUGUUCGGAGGCAACACUGUAGUAGAGGAAGAUGUUAUUACGACAUGUUCUCCGAUGCAAGAAAUGAACUGUGAAGUGGUCAUUUAUAAGCCAGGAUUUUGUUACCAAACUACCGACAAAGGGCAAACAUGGAAACUAACUAAAAAUUCAGAGACUAAAAAUUGUCCUAUAUUCAAUGUUGAAGUUAUGUUUGUACUGGAUGGUUCUGGAUCCAUAGGAUAUGCUAAUUUUGAAAUGGUUAAAGAUUGGGUGAUCAAAAUAACUGAAAAAUUUGAUAUUGAUGGAGGGUCAGUCCGAGUUGGAGUUGUUCAAUUCUCGCAUUGGUAUAAAACAAGAGACCCGGAUGAUCAACCUCUAAUGAAGAAAGAAAUACUUCUUGGGCAAUACAACACUUCAACAUCUUUUUCAAGAGCUGUAAGAGGAAUCAAGCUCCAAUCCUUCACUACAUAUACUGCUCAUGCAUUGAACGUAACAGCGGAACAUUUCCAGGAAAGCGAUCGAUUUGAGGACAUAAACACGAAAAAAGUUGUCAUAUUGCUUACUGAUGGAGCAUCGCAUGAUUUCGAUAAACUACCUGCCACAGCCGACUACGUGCGAUCUCUGGGAAUAGUAACGUAUGCUGUAGGAGUCGGAAAAGCAAUAAUUGAUGAACUUCGGAUAAUAGCAACGGGGAACACCUCAAGUUCUGAUUAUGUUUACUGGGCUGAUAAUUUUAAUGGAUUGGACCGAAUCGUUUCAGAAUUGCAAACGGAAAUUUUGAAAAACGUUCUUGAAGGUACAAAUGAAAAAGCAUCGGUUACAUAUGAAAUGGAAAUGGCAGAAGAUGGUUUCUCAUCAAGUGGUCGAACUUCGGUGAAAUAUUUUAAAUUGCUUAUUCAUUUCCCUUUUAAAUAAUUGUAGGAAUUGCACUGUUAAGCAAUAGCCACAGGGUUUGUUUUGCAUUUGCGUGCAUUCCGGAUUCAGACUAUUGAUCAUAAUGCAAGUAAAAGUUAAACAAAAUUUGGGUGAAUUAUUGAUGUUUGAGCAAGUUUCGUGAACUGUUCG